CUGCUUUACUCAAAUGGCCUCAACAGUCACCAGAUCUCAAUCCAGUAGAGCAGCUUUGUGAUGUAUUGGAACGGGAGAACAAACACAAACGUGUAACAGCAACUUCGAGCCAAUGGUAAAUGUUUUCAUGAAAGUGGAAUCUAAUAAAUAUAAGGCUACAAAUAAGAAAAUACCAAAUAUAAAUCUUAAUACAAAUAUCAAACUUUUAUAUAAUUUGUGUUCUGAGUGCUAGUUUUUGUUGUUUUUGUCUUAAUCGGGUCAUUUCAGGCCAUCACUGAAAUUACCCGAUUAAGACAACAAUAUUAAGACUGACUCCCUCACCAGUGUGCUGACUACUGGACUAGGGAGCUGAUUGAGACACAACCACAGAUUUAGUUUGGAUUUAUUUAUUUUUUGUUCUCACCUCAACAGGACAAAGUGUCUAAACACAGAAAAACUCCUGGUGAAGCACGCGACACACAAUUAUAAAGAUGGAGUUUAUUAAAGAGGAGAGUGAAGAAGUGAAGAUUAAAGAAACAUUCAGAAUUAAAGAAGAAGAUACUGAGGAACAAACAGACCUGAUGGUGCUGAAAGAGGAGAGUCAAGAACUAAAUGAAAUGGAAGAGGAAAAUCAAUAUAAGAAUCAACACGAUUUUAUAACUGGAGAAAAAUCUUUUAGUGGCUCACAGACUGAAAUAACUUCAAGAAAAAUGGAUCAAAAGACAGGAAGGAGUAGUUCUUGUACCUGCCAACAGUGUGGAAAGUGUUUCAGUAACACAGGUUUUAAAAGACACAUGAGAGUUCACACAGGAGAAAAGCCUUAUGCCUGCCAACAGUGCGGAAAGUGUUUCAAUCAAAAAGUAACUCUUAGAAACCACAUUAGAAUUCACACUGGAGAGAGGCCUUACGUAUGUCCUCAGUGUGGAAAGAGUUUCACUCAUCCUGCAAACCUUAGAGGCCACAUGAGAGUUCACACUGGAGAGAAGCCUUAUGCCUGCCAACACUGUGGAAAGUGUUUCAGUCAAAAAGAAACUCUUAAAAGACAUAUUAGAAUUCACACUGGAGAGAGGCCUUAUAUUUGCCCUCAGUGUGGAAAGAGUUUCACUCAUCCUGGAAACCUUGGAGGCCACAUUAGUGUUCACACUGGACUGAAGCCUUAUGCCUGCCAACAGUGUGGAAGAGGUUUCAACCGGAAAAGAAAUCUUAACUCCCACAUGACAAUUCACGCUAGAGAGAGCCUUUUUACCUGCCAACAGUGUGGAAUAAGUUUCACUCAGAAAGGAAGCUUUAACAGACACAUGAGAAUUCACAAUGGAGAGCAGCCUUACACAUGUGAUCAGUGUGGUAAGAGUUUUGAUCAACAUGAAAACCUUGAGGUCCAUAUGAGAACUCACAGAGAAAAACCCUACACAUGCUCUCAGUGUGGAAAGAGUUUCGGUCAAAAAAGACACUUUGAAUGCCACAUGAGGAUUCAUUCUGGAGAGCAACCCUACACAUGCACUCAGUGCGGAAAGAGUUUCAAUUAUAAACAACACUUUGAAACCCACAAGAGAAUUCACACUGGAGAGAAGCCUUUCACCUGCCAACAAUGUGGAAAAUGUUUCAACCGGAAAGCAAGCCUUAACAGACACAUGAAAAUUCACACUGGAGAGAAGCCGUUUAUAUGUGGUCACUGCGGAAAGAGUUUCAGACAUAAAGCAGCCCUUAAGUACCACAUGAGUUUUCACAGAUGAGACAACUGUUCUAAUGUCUUCAAUGUGGAACUGUGGAACAUUUCACAGGCAGGAAAGAUCUUAGGAAUCAUGUAAUAACACCAGAGAAAAGUCUUGACUGUGCCUCACUGUAGAAAGACUUGCAGAAACAAUGAAACCUUUAGGUUCACAGAAGCACCCCUGAUAUAGUUCAAAAUACUCGAGCAUUGGAUUUAGGCCUCGUUUGGUUGAUU